CCGUAGCUGGCGCAGAGCAGCUCCAGCGGACCGGACGGGGCGGGCGUCCGGCAGGCAGCGCGGUACCUUCCACCCAGAGCAGCCCGCAAGGGACCUUACAGGCAAGUCUGGGAUCGUGGCCGUGAGCCCAUUCUGCCCUCUGUGACACAGCACUCCUUGCUGCCCAGUCACCAUCCAGGAAGAUGAGCACCUGUGGGAGGAAGGCCCUGACCCUGCUGAGCAGUGUCUUUGCUGUCUGCGGCCUGGGCCUGCUGGGCAUCGCGGUCAGCACGGACUACUGGCUGUACUUGGAAGAAGGCAUAAUCCUUCCCCAGAACCAGAGCACGGAGGUCAAGAUGUCCCUGCACUCGGGCCUCUGGCGGGUCUGCUUCCUCGCUGGUGAGGAGCGAGGACGCUGUUUCACCAUAGAGUAUGUGAUGCCCAUGAACUCCCAGAUGACGUCAGAAUCCACGGUCAAUGUUCUAAAAAUGAUUCGCUCAGCCACCCCGUUCCCACUGGUCAGCCUCUUCUUCAUGUUCAUCGGGUUCAUCCUGAGCAACAUCGGACACAUCCGUCCGCACCGGACCAUACUGGCUUUUGUCUCUGGUAUCUUCUUUAUCCUAUCCGGCCUCUCUCUCGUGGUGGGCCUGGUGCUGUACAUCUCCAGCAUCAAUGACGAGAUGCUCAACAGAACCAAGGAUGCAGAGACCUAUUUCAACUACAAAUAUGGAUGGUCGUUUGCCUUUGCUGCUAUCUCCUUCCUCUUAACAGAGAGUGCUGGGGUGAUGUCUGUGUAUCUGUUUAUGAAGAGGUAUACUGCUGAGGACAUGUACAGACCCCACCCAGGCUUCUACCGGCCACGGCUGAGCAACUGUUCUGAUUACUCUGGCCAGUUUCUGCAUCCAGAUGCCUGGAUCCGGGGCCGCAGCCCCUCGGACAUCUCCAGUGAUGCCUCCCUACAGAUGAACAGUAACUACCCAGCUUUGCUCAAGUGCCCAGACUAUGACCAGAUGUCAUCAUCUCCUUGCUGAGCCAGCCCUAGCGUCCUCCCCACCUGAACUCUGGAUGGCUCGACAGCGUUUCCCUCUCCCCCUGAGCCGAGGCCCAAGCUGUUCCCUGCUUAGCCAUUGUUACUUGACCACAUCCUCUCCCUACACCCAGAAUAGCUAGCUCUUCCUUCGGUGGGCAUCAGAGACUGGAGUCAGAGGCAUGCUGAUUGGCUGAGAGCAUGGCUGAAGCCCUGCCUCUAGAGUGCCAAUCAUAGCCACGGGCUCCUGGGAAGCCACAGCAGCCCAUGCAGUGCUGUGCCGGAAGAUGCCUAUGUUCUAGUUGAGUUUUGUUCUUGCACUUCCGGGUUAGCCAAGGUCAGUCUGGAGUUGCCAAGUUUCCGAUACAGACAAAGCCAGACUUGGAGGCUUGCCUCCAAGCCUGGCUCUCCAUCCAUGAGCUGGACUGUGAGACCAAAAGGUGACUCUGCUCCAGUGAUCUAACUGGCUCAGAAAUCUCAAGCCGACUGUUCCUUUUAUGUCAUCCACAAAACACAUCUCUCUGUGUAGCACUGCCUCCCCCACCCCGCCCCCAGGCUCUGGACCAUUCCCGAUUUUCAUCCUUCCAGAACACAGCUGCCCUGGUCAGGGACUAAGAUAAGUAUUCAGCAGUGCCAAUGAUGUCACAAAGGUGUUAAUGGCAGAAGAUGUCUUAAUACACACGAUCCCUCGACAAGCUAUUUCAUGGGGUCUUUUGAUGCCUUAACCCAAAGAAGUGACUGAUAAUGAGAACUCAAGAAUUUGACGGUUUUGUGUUCAGAGCGCCAAGCACUGUGUCCAACCCUGGGGGCAUUGUCCCUGGCUUUUCAGGGACCAUAUUUCUAUCCAAUUCUCUAAGAUCGAAUCGUGUAGACAGGUUUCUGUACCACCAUAGCUGUGAGCUGCAUUUGAUGACGCGAUUUGAUGACGCAGUGCGUUUUGAGCCCAAACAAGCCAGACUCCAGAUGACCCAGCUGCUCUGCCGAGGAUGCCUGAGAACAUUUGGGGGUUGCCAACUUAAUCCGAAUACGGGGAAGCAUCUGCUUCCCGGUUUCAUGGCAUAUGUGGGCAAAUCACAUGCCUCCACGAUGCCAGACAAUGUGACAACUGCUUUCCUGACGGAAUCGCUGAGCUGGGAAAUUGCAAGCACUACUGAGAAGACCAUGAAACCCCCAUAGUUCUCCGGGUGUCAGCUCGGCCGGACCAUUGUCCGUCCUGAGAGUUUUGAGAGGCAAGUCAAGGUGGCAUUCUCUAUGCGGUGUGUUUUUGCUGGGUUUCGUCUUGCCUCGUUCUCUUUAAGAUGCCAAAUAUACCCGAAUAUACAAAGCCACAGCGGGCGACUUGCAAGCUCUGGCAAAUGGCACCGGAAACCACACAGCUGGUGCCUACAGGAGGACACGGACUCAAUCAACAUGGAGGAGGCCAGCAGUUCAAGAUCAAGUUGUCAGAGGACUGAUCUCUGAGGCAUCUGCUCCUGGCUUACAGAUGGCGGUCUUCUUGCUGUAUGCUCACGAGGUACACCUGAGGCUUUUUUUUUUUUUUUUUCAUAUCCAAAUUACCUCUUAAAAGGACACACCAGGGGCUGGGGGGAUAACUCAGCAGAGUUCGGGUCUAGCAUGCAUGAAACUCUGGAUUUGACCCCCAACACCGUAGAGUCCAGGGGUGGCGGUACACAUCUGUAAUCCUAACACUUGGAGUGCAGAAGCAGGCGGAGCUUCAAGGUCACUCUCAACUACAUAGCUAGUUUGAGGCUAACCUGGGCUACACGAGACUCGGUCUCAAGAAAUUUAAAAUCAGGUAUGGGUUAGAGUUCAUUCCAAUAAAUUCAAUGAUCACGAUUAAUAACUAUGAAUAUAAUUUAAGUGCCCAUGUACAAAUAUAUUCAUAUUUUGAGGUACUGAAGAUGGGGGUCUCGGAGUACAAAACUGGGAGAGGGCAUAACUCCGCCCCUAACGUGCAGAUUGCUUUGUAGAUUGAUCCAUCAGUUUCACAGACAGUGGAAGGAACAUUCUUGCCUCUCAGUUCAGUCCCUGACUCAAUGCUUGGGCAACCCCUUCAGUUCCGAGAAGCUCAGCUAAGAUGGCUUCCAUGCAUCCUUCCCGCACCCACACCCACACCUCCAGCGAUCCAGUCCACAUUGUUAUUGUGUGCCAAUUUCUGUAUCGGCCUGUGAGCCGAGGGCGACUGGCAGGCCCUGGCCCUGGCUUCCCGCUCCAUCCUCACCUCACAAUGGCCGUCGUUCGCUUUCGCCACUGUUUGCUGGAGUCUGCUUGCUGGAGUCUGUUUGGAGACGGCUGAGAGGCAUUUUCAAGCUGGACAGGCGUUUGGAUGUGCUUGGCUACAACUUUUGUCGAUGUUAUUAACACCUGCAAUGUACUUUUCUCUCUCUAAAGCACGUCUCUAUCACUGUGCCCGCUUUGCCUGUGUACACGUGGGGAAGAAUCUAUUCCCUCCUUACUGUAAGCUGACUAUGGAGUGUGGUAUUGUUAGAGCGUGCUAUUCCCAGUUUGAGGCUGAGCUGUCAAGUCCAAGGGUGUUCCCACUCUGGAACGGGUCCUGUACACUUACCAUAGUAGUGGCUCUGGGUCCCUUUCUUCCCCACGAGGGGAUUGGAGAAUGUAUCAACACAUAUGACCAUCAUCAUUUCUUUUCCAUCUAUAAACUGGUUUCAAAAACUA